AUGAGCCACAACACCAAACCUAGAAGCUCUUCUUUUAGUGUGAAGGAUGAUGAUUCUUUGAAGUUUAUGCAAUCAGCCAAGAAGCUGUUCACUUCACCCACCACGACGCCUGCUUACGCUGCACGGACCAAGAAAUCGCUGAGUCAAAGAGAUGCGUUCGAAGACAAUGUUGUGGAAGAUGCUUGCAGAAGCUUUGAGAACUAUCUGAUUCAUCUGAUUGUUGAAGAAGGGAAAAUGGAUGACUUAAUGGACAUUGAGGAGCUUCUCUUCUGUUGGAAGAAUCUUAAGAGCCCUGUCUUUAUUGAACUCGUCUCCAGAUUCUAUGGUGAGCUCUGCAGAGACCUGUUUUCAAGUGAAUGA